AUGUGGAUCUUACCGUUAGUGGGAUACUUUGGCGUGGUUGUCGGGUUUGCAUUUCUUACUCUGGCCAUUGCUUCGGGACUCUACUACCUAUCCGAACUCGUUGAAGAACAUACCGUUUUUGCUCGCCGGCUUUUGACCCGUCUUAUCUACGCCAUCAUUGCGGUUCAGGUUCUUCUCAUGAUAAUCGACCGUUUCCCCGUGUCAUUAUCUGUACUGAGCAUUGUUUCGCACCUGGUCUACGCCAGCAACUUGCGCCGGUUCCCUAUUGUGAAAUUGUCCGACCCUCUUUUCAUACUUUCCUGCUUCCUUGUCGGCCUCAACCAUUGGCUAUGGUUUCGUCAUUUCUCGAAGCCCCUACCCCCGUCGAACAACUGGCGUCAGCCGUAUGGAGUCAACUAUGAAGAGAUGCCCUCUUUCUCGGAAGUGGCAUCAUACUUUGGACUCUGCGUAUGGCUGGUUCCAUUUGCUCUAUUCGUUAGUCUGAGCGCAGGAGAUAAUGUGUUACCUACCAUGGGCUCUGUCGCCGGAGACCGUCCCGCAGGUUUAGGUCAUAGUCGUGGCACAUCCGAUGGCAAAUCCAAGAACAAGGGAAUGGCCAAAGCUUUGGUCGAUGGUGUUCGAGACUGGACAAGGGAAAACGGUGAACUCAUGGGUUUCUGGAGGGGAGAGCAAACGAGACGUUUCUAG